AUGUGUCCGAGGCCUUGCGCUGGCAGCUGUGCGCUGGCAGCUGUGCGCUGGCAGCUGUGCGCUGGCAGCUGUGCGCUGGCAGCUGUGCGCUGGCAGCUGUGCGCUGGCAGCUGUGCGCUGGCAGCUGUGCGCUGGCAGCUGUGCGCUGGCAGCUGUGCGCUGGCAGCUGUGCGCUGGCAGCUAAUGGCAAUGUCCAUGCUGGAUGAGGGACUCAGGUGGAGAAACAGGACAAACGAGACGAUGCAUAACAGACAGACCAUUGGAACCACUCCUAAACCCUUCUUCGAGAGUGCCAGGGGUACGCUCAUGGACGCUUUACCGACGGCGAGCACCGUCACCGCGUUUCCUCCCGGUUUGAUUACCUUCACUUGGUAUACGAAGGUUUGGUACGAGUUCUAUAUGGUGAUAGCAACCCCUACGAUCUAUUGCUUCGGACAGUCUGUCCGUCUACGAGCUUUGCGAGAAUUGGUCAUACAACAACCUGGUGAGGACCCUGGCUCAUCUUUUCUUCCCCGAAUCUCGCUGAGCGAUUGGUGCAGUCAUUUCACUACGUUGAGCUUUACGGCGUACUCCGAAAAUAAGUCGCAUCUCUGCACGGUCUUCUCGCGCUGGCAGAGUGCAACAGCAAGAGUGUCUCCAUGCUGCUCAAUCGAGGUGUUCAUCCAUAGAGCAACGGAACUGCACAGCCGUUCACUCAACAAGACCACCACUGCGCACAACAGUGUGUUCGGCGCCCCGAUCACAACUUCCAUCUCAAUCUCGGGUACGGGGCUGUGGCUAGAUGAUAUCCCUGCAUACCGCGCCGGCGUCACCACUGGGAUUGUCUCCCCUCAACUCAACGGCUUCCUCUCAGGCCUCAAUACGGCCUUCUCCAUCGCGACCCCACAUAAGUUUGCAGAUGGGGCGAUCGUACAACGAGCAGUGGCUAUCCAUGUCUCGAUUCAUCUCGGCUCUUCGCUGAGAAUCAGCACUCAGACUGCAGCCCUCCUUCAUUCACUGCUCGAUCAGACUGAUGGAGACCUCGGAGAGUGGUUCGAUGUGACCAGGAAUGGGAAAGCGACACUUGUCGUUGAGGCUUGA